AUGAAAAAGAUGAUAAGUAUUAUAAAGAGAUUUCUCAGAUUUUAUUUUUUAAAGUGGAUAUUAGACUAAAAUCUAAUAAUUCUAAUAAUUUAAAUUUAUUAAAGAAUUUUUAUAUUAAUUUAAAUGAAAAUAAAAGCUUUUUGUCUUUUUAGUAUUUUGGAGGGGAAAAUGAAACUAUUUAUAGGGAAAAAUUCAAAGAAAAUUUUCAAAAUUAUUUGUGUUUACUUGAAAAUUACUUCGAGAAGUAAAAUAUUAUUGUCAAUUUUAUAAAAAGGAAUGCCUUUUAGAAAUUUAACUUAAAUGAAGAUCAACUUUUAUAAUAGUUUUUACAGAUUAUGA